AUGCAGAGUCUGGCAGCUAAUCUCAUAGUAGGGAUGCGCUUCCCAAGCGCGCAGGUGGUGAGGUUCUGUGAUGCAAAAGCGAUGCAGCUUGUGAAAGCUUUGCCGUCGGAUGGGCUCUGGCGGGUUGUUAUCUUGGCAGGAGACAUUAGUGAACCUGGUAGUGCCACUAGACUUGUGGAGUUGGGAGCCUAUCUUUAUUCAUCCGGUGGUCCCAUUAGAUCUCACACGCCUGCUUCUGCAGAUAUCGACUUCUUCAUUGAGCCGAUAGCGGUUCUCUCGGGCAAGCGUGUCAACACCGUGCAAGAUCAGAUCCUGGAUUGCUUCUCGCCUAUAACUGGGAAGUGGAAGAUGCGAGAUUUGCAUAAAGUAUAUUUUGACGAUGAGACCUAUAAUUCAGGACAUGGAAAGGUAUAUGGGUUCUAUGGUAUUGAGCCAAGCAAGGGCGCGGUGGCAAUUGUGAGACCAGAUCAUUGUCGGUGUUCCCCUUUAUUUUUUUCGUUCCUGACUAUGUCAGUGCUUGCAAAGGCUCGGCGCUAUUGGUAA